AUGAUGGCUACUUUACCAGGAACGAUGCCUCGGAUGAUGCGCCCUGCGCCAGGCCAGAACUACCCCCGAACCGGCUUCCCCCUGGAAGUAUCCACCCCUCUGGGCCAGGGUAGAGUGAACCAGCUUGGCGGUGUGUUCAUCAACGGGAGGCCUCUGCCAAAUCACAUCCGACACAAGAUAGUGGAGAUGGCCCACCACGGCAUCCGACCCUGCGUAAUCUCGCGACAGCUGCGAGUUUCUCACGGUUGUGUCUCCAAGAUCCUCUGCCGAUACCAAGAGACCGGCUCCAUCCGCCCGGGAGCCAUAGGAGGCAGCAAGCCCAGGCAGGUGGCAACUCCUGACGUGGAGAAGCGGAUCGAGGAGUACAAGAGAGAAAACCCCGGUAUGUUCAGCUGGGAGAUCCGGGAUAAGCUGCUGAAGGACGGGGUGUGCGACAGAAGCACAGUUCCUUCAGGUGAGGCUUCAUCUGUGAGCUCCAUCAGCCGCGUAUUGAGGGCCCGAUUUGGCAAAAAAGAUGACGAGGAUGACUGUGAUAAGAAGGAUGAAGAUGGAGAAAAGAAAACAAAGCAUAGCAUCGAUGGCAUCCUCGGUGAUAAAUGUAACCGCACAGACGAAGGUUCAGAUGUAGAUUCGGAGCCCGACUUGCCCCUGAAGAGGAAGCAGAGACGCAGUCGCACCACCUUCACCGCUGAGCAGCUGGAGGAGCUGGAGAAGGCUUUUGAAAGGACACAUUACCCAGAUAUCUACACCAGAGAGGAACUGGCCCAGAGGACAAAACUCACAGAGGCCAGAGUACAGGUGUGGUUUAGCAACAGGCGAGCUCGGUGGCGUAAACAGGCCGGGGCCAAUCAGCUAGCGGCCUUCAACCACCUGCUUCCUGGAGGAUUCCCACCCACAGGGAUGCCAAGUUUACCCACAUACCAGCUCCAAGAGUCCAGCUACCCCGGCACCACGCUAUCGCAGGAGGGCAGUACAUUGCAUAGACCCCAGCCCCUGCCUCCGUCCUCCAUGCACCAGGGAGGCCUGACUGCUGACGGCAGCUCUGCUUACGGUCUGUCAUCCAAUCGACACGGCUUCUCCAGCUACUCCGACACCUUCAUGAGCCCCUCAGCAUCCAGCAACCACAUGAACGCUGUCGGCAACGGGCUCUCCCCACAGGUGAUGAGUAUCCUGAGUAACCCCAGCGCCGUAUCCUCCCAGCCCCAGCACGACUUUUCCAUUUCCCCCCUGCACGGCAGCCUGGAGAGCUCCAACCCCAUCUCUGCCAGCUGCAGCCAGCGCUCUGACACCAUCAAGGACAGUCUGGCUUCCUCUCAGUCAUACUGCCCCCCCACCUACAGCGCCACCAGCUACAGCGUGGACCCCGUCACUGCAGGUUACCAGUACAGCCAGUACGGCCAGACUGCUGUGGACUACCUGGCCAAGAACGUGAGCUUGUCCACCCAGAGGAGGAUGAAACUUGGAGACCACUCGGCCGUGCUGGGACUGCUGCAGGUGGAGACGGGACAGGCCUACUAA